CAGUAAAAUAGGUCCGGGUGGAUAUCUGGGUGAAAGGUCUCAGAGAUCCGCACUGAAGGUUCUGUCGUUCCUGUCCUUCUGGGAAACCGGGCUCGGGCUCAGGAGGGUUAGAUUUAGAUCAGGUUCACUUUUUUAAAUAUUUAUUAGGACCUCCAGAAGUUUGUUCGGGAUGUCUAAACAAGCGCAGCCCAUCAGUCCGGGGAAGAAUUUCUUCGCGGGCGGGUUCGGAGGCGUCUGUCUGGUGUUCGCUGGUCACCCGCUGGACACCAUAAAGGUGCGUCUGCAGACUCAGCCCAAGCCAGGACCGGGUCAGACGCCCAUCUACGCUGGAACCUUCGACUGCUUCAAGAAAACCCUCGCCAAGGAGGGGGUUCGGGGUUUGUAUAAAGGUAUGGCCGCUCCCAUUAUCGGAGUCACCCCCAUGUUUGCCGUGUGUUUCUUCGGUUUUGGUCUCGGAAAGAAGUUGCAGCAGAAAAGCCCCGAUGACAUUCUCACGUAUCCUCAGCUGUUUGCAGCCGGGAUGCUCUCAGGUGUGUUCACCACAGCCAUCAUGGCUCCUGGAGAGAGAAUCAAAUGCCUGCUGCAGAUCCAGGCGUCAUCAGGAGAGAUAAAGUAUGCUGGGCCCAUGGACUGUGUGAAGCAGAUCUACAGGGAGAGUGGAAUAAGAGGCAUCUAUAGAGGCACAGCGCUCACACUCAUGAGAGACGUACCGGCCAGUGGAAUGUACUUCAUGACAUACGAGUGGCUGAAGAGCCUCCUCACGCCAGAGGGCAAGAGCCCAAAUGAACUGAGCGUGCCCAGUGUGCUGUUUGCCGGCGGCAUGGCGGGAAUCUUUAACUGGGCUGUCGCUAUUCCGCCUGAUGUUCUCAAAUCCCGAUUCCAGACAGCUCCGGAGGGGAAGUACCCUAACGGUUUUCGGGACGUUCUAAGGGAGCUGAUCAGAGAGGAGGGCGUGGCCUCACUGUAUAAGGGCUUCAACGCGGUCAUGCUCCGAGCGUUCCCCGCUAACGCUGCGUGUUUCCUCGGGUUCGAGGUGGCCAUGAAGUUCCUAAACUGGAUCGCACCGAAUUUGUGAUCUAUAUGAGGGCAUUAGUGAAGAAUGUGAAUCUAGAACACCGCCCCCCAACACCGCCCCCCCAGCACCAAAUCCCCCCAUCCCCCAACCAACAACACAAAUUCUGUGUGUCCUUUGAAAUAACGUUAGUUUUAUUGCGUUUUUGUUUUAUGCUGGAGAGACGUGAUGAUGUGCCUUAUUACACCCGGCUGUGACCUCAAGUCUCUGCUCCUGAGUGUGUGUGUACGUGUUUGAAAGGGAAAGAGUGACGGAAUGAGUGUGUGUGUGUUAGUCUCAGUUCUGUUUAUGUAAAAACUUUAAUUAUAAAUAAUAAUUAUACAUAAUUGUAACAUUUAAUAAUGAUAAUAAUGAUAAUAAUGCUGCCAUGUUCUGAUCAGGUCUGAUUCUGGUCCGUGUCAGUGAAGGUUUUUUUCUGUCAUUGUUUUUUGAUUAUGUGAAAUAAACAGAUAGUUUCCGAUG